AUGGUUGUUGGAAUACCAAAUGUUGGAAAAUCGUCUCUGAUAAACACUUGGCGAUCAUACAAUAUGGGAACUAAGAAGAGCGCUGUUAUCGAAGGCGCCAGGCCCGGUGUUACGGUACGAGUUCAAAAUCGAGUACGUGUUAUGGAUAAACCACCUAUGUAUGUAUUGGACACACCAGGAGUUCUGUCACCGUCUACGAGAAAUGUGGAUGAGGUAAUGAAAUUAGCUUUGUGCGAUUUGAUCCUUGAAAGUGCGACAAAUCCUAGAUAUGUUGCUGAUUAUCUACUUUACUGGUUGAACAGAACUGGCGAUUUUUCUUAUUUAAAACAUCUGGAGAUACCUGGUGACCCUACUGAUGAUAUCGACAAGCUAUUAAUAAGAAUA